GAUAUGCACCUCAAUUACUGAAAAAUGGUAGUUCCAGGUGUGUGCAACGCGUCAGGUUUGUAGUGACGUACCGAGUCACAACCAAGUGCAGACCGUUCAUCAACCUUCAGGCACCCUUAGAAAGUCGCCAUUCUUCUCCCUCAUCAACUAAACUACGCAAGUCCUUCAUCUCCCUAUAUUGCUCCCUAUGGCCACCAUCGAAGAAAAAAUUAAGAUUGCCUCGGGCUUCUUGAAGGCAGCACCACCAGGUGAAAUCAACGAUGUAUUCAACGAUGUUCGCGGCUUGGUGGGCGACGACGAGUUACUGGACGGCGGUAUCCUGAGUGCUUUGGAGGAAUAUAAUACUGAAGAAUUGGCGACUGUGGAUGUCCCUGGUAUCGAGGGCAAGGCAAUUGUUUCAAAGUAUGGACAGAUCGAAGAUAACCGUUUCUUGCACCCCAAGAGCAAUAAAGUGUUUAAGCUGGAUCACUUUCGCCAGAUUGCCUCGGAUCCUGAGGAUCACACGGUCGACGAGGAGAUGGAGGAGAUUCGUAAAGUGAUUGAGAAGGACACGGAGGACUAUGUGAUUGACCGGUACGCUGAGGGUGUUUCUGCAGUGUAUGCUUCCAAAGGCGUGGUUACAAUCGCUAUCGUCCACAACAAGUACAGCCCGUCAAACUUUUGGAACGGACGAUGGAGAUCCAUCUGGACGCUGAAUACUGAGACAAGUGAAGUCAAGGGCACACUGAAGUGCAAGGUCCACUACUAUGAGGAUGGAAACGUUCAAUUGGAGACAUCGAAGGAGAUCGAAGAAAAGCUGAGCAAGGGUUCGUCGGAUCCUCACAAAAUUGUUUCCAAGGCAUUGCUGGACCUGAUCGCUGCUGAGGAGGCAAAGUACCAGGCGGCAUUGAACGAGAGCUACCAUGACCUGGCAGAAAGUACAUUCAAUGGCCUUCGUCGCGCUCUGCCCUACACCCGCACAAAACUUGACUGGAACAAGAUCCUCACUUAUCGUAUUGGUGCCGAGCUCUCAUCAAAGUAAAAGAAGCACGGUCUCUAUCGCGAGUUGGUCGGGCGGCAUUGGACUGGGCAUCAGCAAGGAAAAAUGGGGCCUCUUUUUGCGUCUUCAAAUUAGCCAUGGAUAAUACAAUAAAAAGUGCAACGUCUUCGAGUGCAACUCUUCUGGUAUUGCAUAUUGGUCUGCGGCAAUUGC